UUCCGGAUGACCUGCAGUGGAGAAACAGGCUACUAUGAGCCGCUUGUAGAACAGCCUUGGGCUGGAUCAGCUCGCUCAGUUGGGACCCUCUACAGCAGCCCAAGUGUACUGGUGGAAACCUGCUAAGGACUGGUGCGCAUGGUGUGGACCUAAAGCUCUUUGUCCAAGGAGUGUCCUGGGGUCUUCCUGAUCCACUGUGUGACCAUCGCCAUCGUUCACGUACAUUUAUUCAAAAUGAUCAUCAGUUAGCCAGUUUCAUACAUGCUGACCUGCUGAGGGGACAAGAUUUUCCCUCUAGCGAGAAGGUCCAUGAAGGUACAGGAGUGUGUCCUGUAGCAUGAAAAGUGGGGAAAGAACCAAAGGCAGAAGCAUUACUGUCAGGGGAGGAAGGGCGGUGUGUGUGUGGGACACAGGGCCCAAGUCCGCUCGCUCACUCACUCACUAACUGACUCUCUCUCUUAGGUUCAUGUCACAUGUCUGCCCUUUAAUCGCUGGUAUGGUUGUGUGUAAUGAGUUCUGACGGACGCGGAAGGAAGGUAAAAGUAAAAACAAACAGUACGUGUGCGGCGCACAGCGAAACGGAGAGUGGCGUGCGACGAAAUAACGGCUGUAGCGCAGCGGCGAAGAGCGACGGACGGCGCGGCGGCCAUGAGCGGUUGCUGCGCGGCGGGGCGCGAGCCGGCGGCUCUCGCGCCCCAGAAGGAGCUCCUGUACAACGCGCUGCUGCCGUACGCCGCCCGCCUCGAGCCCGAGUCCGCGCGCCUUCUGUCCGCCAUCCGCUGCGGCCUGGGCCGCGCGGUGGUGCUGCGCGAGCUGUGGCCCGGCGCGCUGUUCUGGACCCGGCGGCUCUCCACCUACCUGCGGCUCUACGGAAGGAAGUUCAGCAAAGAUGACCAUGUGCUGUUCAUUAAGCUGGUCUAUGAGCUGGUGACCAUUCCCAGACUAGAGAUCAGUAUGAUGCAGGGGUUUGCUCGCCUCCUCAUCAACCUUCUCAAGAAGAAGGAGCUGUUGUCACGGGAUGACCUAGAGCUGCCGUGGAGACCGCUAUACAAUCUGUAUGAAAGGAUCCUCUACUCCAAAACGGAGCAUCUGGGCCUCAACUGGUUCCCAAACUCAAUUGAGAGCGUGCUCAAGAUGCUGGUGAAGAGCUGCAGACCGUAUUUCAGAGAAUCCUCCACUCAAGAGAUGCUGGAGGAGUGGCGACCGCUGCUUUGCCCCUUUGAUGUCACCAUGCAGAAGGCCAUUGGCUACCUCGAACUGUUUCUGCCCACCCUCCUGCCCCCGGAGAGCCACCACAAGGGUUUCAAGCUCUGGUUCAAUGAGUUGAUGGACCUGUGGAUGUCCGUUCAGAACCUGCCUGGGUGGGAGGGGAAUCUAGUGAAUCUAUUCGCUCGACUGGCCAGUGACAACAUCGGCUACAUUGACUGGGACCCAUAUAUUCCCACGAUCUUCACCAGAAUCCUCCGGAGUUUGAACCUGCCAGUGGGGAGUGGCCAGGUGAUGACCUCCAGGUCCUUGAGCAGUGCCUACGACAUUGGCCACGUGGUGCUCUGGGUGUCCUCCAUGCUGGGUGGACCCAGUAAGAAGGCACAGAAGCAUCUGAACGCCCUUUUUGACAGCAUUGCCUCGUUCUUCCACCCUUCCAAUAAUGGCCGCUGGCUGGUGAAGCUAAUGAAGCUCCUUCAGCGCCUCCCAGCCAGUGUGGUUCGGCGGCUGCACCGCGAGCGCUAUAAGAAACCGAGCUGGAUGACCCCGGUGCUGGAAAGUCACAAGCUUACGGAGAAAGACAUCACAGACUUUGUGGAGUGCAUGAAGCAGCCGGUGCUGCUGGCCAUGUUCAGCAAGACCGGCAGCCUGGAUGCUGCCCAGGCCCUACAGAAUCUGGCGCUGAUGAGGCCCGAGUUAGUCAUCCCACCUGUGCUGGAAAAGACAUACCCUGCUAUGGAGACACUAACAGAGCCACACCAGCUGACAGCAACCCUCAGCUGCAUGAUUGCUGUGGCGCGCAGCCUGGUAUCUGGGGGCCCUUAUUACCUUGAGGGCCCUAUACAUGUGCUGCCCCUUUUAAUGAGAGCACUGCCAGGCGUUGACCCCAACGACUUCAGCAAGUGUAUGAUAACUUUCCAAUUCAUUGCAACGUUCUCAACCCUGGUGCCUUUGGUUGACUGCUCGUCAGCCCUGCAGGAGCGCAGUGACCUGACCGAGGUAGAGCGUGAGCUCUGUUCCGCCUCCGCAGAGUUUGAGGACUUCGUUCUGCAGUUUAUGGACAAGUGCUUUGCACUCAUUGACAGCAGCACACUGGAGCAGACCCGCGGAGAGUUUGAGACGGAGAAGAUGACACAUCUGGAGAGCCUGGUGGAGCUAGGCCUGUCAUCCACUUUCAGCACGAUCCUCACACAGUGCUCCUUGGACAUCUUCAAGGUCGCUCUGCAGAAGGUCUUCAGUUAUGCCACCAGCAACAUCUUCGAGAUGCGAGUAGCAGGCCGCAUGGUGGCUGACCUGUGCCGAGCUGCAGCCAAGUGCCGCCCUACAGAGUCUCUCAAGCUUUUUGUGCCACACUGCUGCCAUGUCAUUUCCCAGAUCACGGCUAACGAGGACAUCCUCAGUGAAGAGGAGCUGGACAAGGAGCUGCUGUGGAACCUGCAACUGCUUUCAGAGGUGACCCGAGUGGAUGGAGCCGAGCUCCUGGCUUACAGCACUGAGCUGCUGAAGGUUCUACAGGUGACGUUGCAGCUGAAGAGCAAGCAGGGCUACACCCUGGCCUGCAGCCUGCUGCACCACAUUCUGCGUUCCACCGCCCUCAUCUACCCCACAGACUACUGCAGCGUUCCAGGAGGCUUUGAGCGCCCCUUUGACACCUAUCUGCCCAUCCAUGACUGGGGCCGCCCUGGCGACCUGCACAACUUGCAGAUCCAGUGGCAUGUGCCCAGCACAGAGGAGACAACCUUCAUCUUCUACCUGUUGGACUUGCUGCUGCGGCCAGAGCUCCUGCGUCUUCAGAGACAUGUCAAGGGCGAGGAGACUAUGAGCAGGGAAGACGUCCUGCAUAGUCUGACUAUCGUGCAGCACUGUCUCCUGGGAGCUGGGGGCUUACUGCCCCCCCUUGAUGGACCAGUGGUGUCAGGCCUGGUGUCCAGCAUGGUGAGUCUAAAGGACAUUGAGAUCUGGACUGGGGUAGAGUACGAUCUCUCCAGGGAGAACUAUAGGGAGAUGAUCUACAGUAUGCUGAGACAACUCCUGCGUCACAUUCUUGCACACUCUGAGGACGACACCAAGUCUCUCUUCCUUAUCAUCAAGAUCAUUGGUGACCUGCUACUCUACAAAGGCUCCCAGAAGAGUGAAUUUGAUUCUCGGUGGAAGAGCUUCAGCCUGGUGAAGAAGUCUAUGGAAGACCGGCUCCAUGGAAGGAAGCGACACAUACGAGCUCUGCUGAUUGACAGAGUGAUGCUACAGCAUGAGAUGAGAAAGCUGACAGUAGAGGGCUGUCAGUAUAAGACAGUUCACCAGGAGCUGCUGCGAGACCUACUGAGACUGUCCACUAGCACUUAUAGUCAGGUGCGGAGCAAAGCUCAAACCAUGUUGUUCACAGCGCUGGGUACCUACAACUUCUGCUGCCGGGACCUGAUCCCCCAAGUCCUGGAGUAUCUCAAGCCAAACCGGGAUGAUGUCACGCAGCAGCAGUUCAAGGGUGCCCUUUACUGUCUGCUGGGGAGCAACAGCAGUGUAUGCAUGGCCAACUUACAUGACUGGGACUGCAUCGGACUCACUUGGCCAGCACUGGUCCAGUCUGGCCUCAGCAAGGCCAUGUCCUUAGAGAAGCCUUCCGUUGUGCGUCUCUUCGAUGACCUCGCUGACAAGGUCCACCGACAGUAUGAGACCAUUGGCCUUGACUUUGGGGUGCCAGAGGCUGCUGUUAUCUUGGCAGAUGCACUUAUGAGGUCUGGAAGCCCUGCCUCUACUCUGGCCAUGCCUACAGCCCAGGAACUGGAGGAAGGCCAACAGCAUCAGCAGGAAAAGAACCUGGACUCUGAGCAGAAAUAUGAAAAGCUGAUCAAUAAUCUUCUGGAAUGCCUCCAAGAAAGAGAUUUGCCCUGGAAGUUUGAGCAGAUUGCUGUUGGCUUCCUGUCGCUGCUGCUGAGGGACGACCACCCCCUGCCCUCUUCUGCCAUUCACUUCUUUGUCCAGAGCCUUAACCAUGACUCGCUUGCUGUGCGCAAGGUGGCGAUCUCGGCUGUGGCCGGAAUCUUGAAGCAGCUGAAGAGGCCUCACAAAAAAGUUCCUGUGCAUCCCUGUGAAAUUAGUGGCGUGAGUGAGCCAGACGAGUUGGUGGCAGGAGACAGGCCUGAUAACCGCUGGCUCCAGUACGACAGCAGUCACCUGCCUCGCAGUCAGCAGGACUGGGAGCGCUGCCGCUUUGUGGAGAAGACGCACUGGGGCUACUAUGGCUGGCCGCGGAAGUUGAUGAUGUACUGUCCCUCUGAGAAGACCAUGCAGUGCAUCACUCGAAAAGAAAUGUGUGAGAGGGAGCAGAUCAUCUAUGACCAUUUUUCAGAUUCUGUGUUCAUCGACCAGCUUAUCAGGUUCUUGUCCCUGGAAGACCGCAAGGGGAAGGACAAGUUCAACCCCCGGCGCUUCUGCCUCUUCAAGGGGCUGUUCCGAAACUUUGGCGAUGACUUUCUGCCCUUGCUGCGGCCUCACAUGGAGCGGCUGGUGGCCGACACUCACGAGAGCCCACAACGCUGCGUGGCCGAGAUCAUUGCGGGGCUGAUCCGGGGCUCCAAGCACUGGAGCUACAGUAAGGUGGAAAGCUUGUGGGAGGUGCUGUGCCCCCUUAUCCGCACAGCGUUGUCCAACAUCACUGUGGAAACCUACGCAGACUGGGGCACCUGCAUCGCUACUGCAUGCGAGAGCAGAGACCCCCGCAAGCUGCACUGGCUCUUUGAGAUGCUGAUGGAGUCACCGGUGUCCGGGGAAGGGGGGUCUUUCGUGGAUGCCUGCCGCCUCUACGUGCUCCAAGGGGGCCUGGCCCAGCAGGAAUGGAGGGUCUCAGAACUCCUCCACCGUUUGUUGGAGUACCUGGAGCCAAAACUCACUCAGGUUUACAAGAACGUUCGUGAGCGUAUUGGCAGUGUGCUCACCUACAUCUUCAUGAUGGAUGUGGACCUUCCCCGCACGUGCCCCACUCUGUCUCCCCGAAUUUCGGACUUCACAGAUCGCGUGCUGACCUGUCUCAAGCCCCUUCUGGAGGCCGACGGGGAGAUCCAGAACCACGUGGCAGAUGAGAACGGGGAGGAGGCACAGGAUGAGCGAACGCAGGCCGUCAAGCUACUCAAGACUGUGUUGAAGUGGCUCAUAUCCAGUGCAGGACGCUCGUUCUCCAGCUCCGCGUCACGGCAAGUGAAGCUACUGCCUCUGCUCUUCAAAAUUGCCCGUGUGGAGAAUGACAACAGUUUCGACGAGCUAAAGCGAGAUGCCAAAUCCUGCCUGACGCUCAUGUCCCAGGGGCUGCUGUACCCUGAGCAGAUCCCACAGGUGCUGCGCACCCUGCAGGAGAUUGCAGGCAGCAGCUCCUGGAAUGCCCGCUACUUGGUGCUCACCUACCUGCAGGUGAUGGUCUUCUGUAAUCUGUUUACAUUCUUGAGCAGCGAGGAGGCUGUGAAAAAUGUUCGAACGCUGGUCAUCAGGCUGCUGGAGGAUGAGCAGCUGGAGGUGCGUGAGAUGGCAGCCACCACGCUGAGCGGCUUCCUGCAGUGUCACUUCCUUUGCAUGGACGCCGCCAUGCAGGAGCACUUUGAGACUCAGUGUAAGACCCGCUUACCCAAGAAGAGGAAGCGAGAGCUGGGAUCCGCGGUGGACACUAUCCCCCCGGCAGACCUGGUGCGGCGCCAUGCUGGAGUGCUCGGCCUCAGUGCCUGCAUCCUGUCCAGCCCAUAUGAUGUCCCUACCUGGAUGCCACAGCUGCUCAUGGACCUCAGCUCCCAUCUGAACGACACACAACCCAUAGAGAUGACUGUGAAGAAGACCCUGACAAACUUUCGGCGGACCCAUCAUGACAACUGGCAGGAGCAUAGGCAGCAGUUCACGGACGACCAGCUGCUGGUGCUCACGGACCUGCUGGUGUCACCCUGCUACUACGCCUAGUGCCGGAAGAGUUUCUGCUGGGUGGUGUGUGAACGAGAUACCGACCUGGAAGUCUCAAGAUUCAGCUGAGGAGUUUUCUAAUACGUGCAGUAUUUUCUGGAAGUGUACUUGGAAUUCCGAAAUUUCACUCAAACUUUUGUCAAGAAGACUUGAUAAUGAAUCGAUGCCUGGAGCCGGGAAGUGAUGUCAUUUCCUCAGUGCCCAGGAAACAUCUUGAUGUCCAUGUGAUCUCUGCACAGUGCUGUCACAGGCUGGAGUCAAUGGCCUGCAUCACCAACCCAUACCUGUUUUGUCAUUGUAAAACUUUAAAGGUUAUCAUUAACUUGGUGCAUUUUUGUCACAAAGUAAGUGUGUAUGUUCACGUUGUCUGCUGUGCCUGUCAGUAUGAGCAUGUGUGAACAUCUGUUUAAGUAAAACAUCACGUCGUACAGUAUCAUCCACGAUCACUUGUCAUGUGGCCUCAUUCAUUAUCACAUUUGUGGAUGAGGCAGCAAUAAGACCAGCCAAACGUAGACCUACCGUCAGCAAUGGUUCAUUUCCUUCCCAUUGUUGUGGUUCUGGUUGAUCCUCGAACAUCGAGGUUCUAAACGAACCGCACAGAAGCAGAGUGAGGCCAGCCAGGCACUGGCAGCUGCUUUCUACCGCAGGGCUGCACAGUGUAGUGCCAAAACUGCAGGGAUUUUUUUAGAUAUACA